AUGUCAUCCGACGACGAUCCAUUGUCCCAGCCUAAGAACGAGCAGGGCCUCGACUUGUCCAAGUUGUCGCCCCAGGAGAUGCGCAUCUACAAGAUGUACGGCAAGCUCCCUACAACACAGCAGAUUCUCUCGUCCAAAUUCCAAGAUAAGAAGUACUUUGACAGUGGCGACUAUGCCAUGCAGAAACAGCUUGGCGGACCCAAGUCGGGCAUCAGCGGAGUGUCAAUGAAACACCCCAACGCUGAAAAGGUCAAGGAGAUUUACAACCGGAACUCCAUAAGUGCAGGGAACUCGGGGAUUUUGUUCAAUGGAAAGCUGAACUUGUUGAGCGAGUCCACGUUGGACGAGGAGCCUACAAAGGAGUAG